AUGGAGUUGCCAUGGCUGUUCAUGCCGUCUUUUAUCCUUUUGCUGAAUGGAAUUGAGUUGUGUCUUUCAGAUAACGCCAAACGCUGGCAGUCAUUCAUCAGGAAGAUCACAGAAGUCACAAAUAAUUACCAGCCAUGCAAUCAGGAGAACUGCAGCUGUCAUCUCAGUGUCUUAAAAGAUGACUUUAGGCCAUUUAAAAACGGUAUAUCUGAGGGGUUGAUGGCAGACACGGUCCACAGAGGUGUUGGUACGCACUACCAGAUCAUCGGGAACAAGUUGUACAGAGAACAAAGCUGCAUGUUUCCAGCAAGAUGCAGUGGUGUCGAGCACUUCAUCCUAAAAGCGAUUAACCGGUUGCCAGAUUUGGAAGUGGUGAUUAGUGUGCGUGACUAUCCACAGGUUCCUGGAUGGGUUCAGCCAGUCUUGCCUGUACUUUCUUUCAGUAAGACAGCAGACUACCAGGACAUCAUGUACCCUGCAUGGACGUUUUGGGAGGGAGGUCCUGCUGUAUGGCCCAUUUACCCCACUGGACUGGGCCGAUGGGACCUCAUGAGGGAUGACCUGAAAAAAUCAGCUGCUCGAUGGCCCUGGAAGAAAAAAAAUCCAAAAGGAUUCUUUAGAGGCUCUAGGACCAGUUCAGAAAGGGACCCUCUGAUCCUUCUCUCAAGAGAAGCCCCUGACCUUGUGGAUGCCGAGUACACCAAGAACCAAGCCUGGAAGUCAGAGAAGGACACUUUGGGUAGACCCCCUGCCAAAGAAAUCCCCCUAGUUGACCACUGUGAAUACAAAUACCUUUUUAACUUUAGAGGUGUGGCUGCUAGUUUCCGCUUAAAGCAUCUGUUCCUGUGUGUAUCGCUGGUUUUUUUCACGUCGGCGAGGACUGGCUUGAGUUCUUCUACCCUCAGCUCAAUCCCUGGGUUCACUACAUUCCUGUCAAACAGGACUUGUCUGAUCUCAGAGAGCUGCUUCAGUUUGUGAAAGAAAAUGAUGCUGUAGCAGAAGAAAUUGCUAUAAGGGGCCAGAACUUUAUUCUGGAUCAUCUCCGUAUGGAGGACGUGUCUUGUUACUAGGAAAGGCUCCUCACUGACUU